AUGAGCUUAUUUCCGGUCCACGAAGAGCCGAUGCAAAAGGAUCUUUUUGCUGGUAUUGUAACCAGCCUGACUUUCCACAGCGAGUCUAUUUUAGUAGCAGGACAUGGUCCUUUCUUGAAAGUAUACAAUGUCCAGACGGGAUCUCUUUUGGCUUGUGAAGAGGUAUUGCCAGCCAAUAGAAUCCAUCGUAUUGUUCCUGUUCCUCGGGUUGUAUACAAUGGAUCAACAGAAUCAAGAACACUAGCUAUAUAUGGCUCGAAAUUUUUGAGUAUAGUUCAAUUGAACGUCUCUGAAAACCAGGCCAGUAUCUCAGUAAUUCAAGCAUAUGGACCUUUUCCUGACUGGAUUAUGGACGCUCAGUGGUUAAAGCCAGAAAAUGCAAACCAAUGGGAUCAAGUACCUUUUGAAAUUGCACUUGCAUACGCCCACAAUUACGUCGAGAUUUACAACAUUAGCACUAGUACUCCGGAGCGUAUUUACCAAAUCCAAUGUCAGGUUCGAUGCAUUCUGUACUCUGCACGCUUUUCUGGCCACACACUCGCGUCUCUUCAAUUGGCUUCAGGAACAGUAUUCAAUCAGGUACAUAUCUGGAAAGUUAGCGAAAGAGACGAGGAAGGAGAUGGUCGAGUGUCCCACAAACUUGUGGGCCAUGAAGGUGUUAUUUUUGGGGUUCGGUUUAGUCCAGACAAUUCAAUGCUAGUAAGUGUGUCAGACGACAGAACAAUCCGAGUCUGGCCUUUGAAAGAAGAUUCUACAGGAAGAAUACCAAAUCCUUGUAUCAUCUUUGGACACACAGCUCGUGUUUGGGAUUGUCAAUUUGUGGAUGAGUAUCUUGUCAGCAUUUCAGAGGAUUUGACAUGUAGAGUGUGGAAGAACGGUUUAUUGACCGGUAAAGAUGAAGAAAACGCCUCGGAUGUUGACUGCCUGGCUUGCUGGGAAGGCCACGUAGGAAAGAACGUGUGGAGCUGUGCGAUUAGUCCGGAACACAAGAUGGUUGCUACAGGUGGUCAGGAUUCUGGUAUCCGCUUGUGGUCCCUUGUGUCAAUAAAAAAAAACAAGAUUGAAUCUGAAGAUGAUUUGGCUUGUCUUGCCCUCCCACCUCAGUUCACAGAUGACUAUGUUCGUAACUUUGUUCUGGCUAGUGACAAAAAAGCAAUAGUUGCUACCAACAACGGUCAUUUCCUCCAAUUCGAUGCUUCUACCGAACCUGGUACUUGGAAAUCAGUCCACAGUGAUCAGGAUUAUCGUGGAUAUGCUAUGCUCCAAGCAUCUUCUUGUGGACGUCUUGUUGUAGCAGGCAGUAUGGGAGGCCAUCUGUUGAUGUUUAACACCGAUCGUUCGUUUGAGCCUGUCAAGGUAGCCGUCCACCAGCAAAAGAUUUUUGAGAUGUUUAUUGAAGCCUCUACAGACAAAAAUGUAUUCUACAUCAUCUCUCAUGCUUACAACGGAAAGGUCUAUAUGCACAGAUUGAAUAUCAGGGCUCCUUCCGAGCCUACCUUUGAGACUCUUUAUCAACUAGAACUCCCUAUCGAGCGUACGACUAUUGUCUGCACUGCAUUAACCGAGCAACAAGGCCUGUUGAUUUGUGGAUCCCGUGAAUCUGCUCUUCUCAUCUACAGACUUCCAGGACUUGGAAAUCCUUCGAAAGAAGAAAUCAUGCCAGUAAUACCCUUGAUUCAGCUGAGAAGAACCCACGGACGCCAAUGUGUGAGCUCAGUCGUGAUCAAGCCAAAGGAUCUCACAGACAGUUCUGAAGAUAUCCUGUUCUGGACAACAGGAAGAGAUGGAGGUUACAUCCAAUAUAGACUCAGAAACCUCUUGGAGAAAGAAACGAUCAUCAACACCGAGGAAACACAACUUGGCAUUGCUAGUCGAGGCGACACUAUAACCGAAACCAAGGAUUUGGUACUUGAAAAGGUUUAUCGUAACAGAGUCACAAAAGGAUGGCUGGAAGGUGCCAUUUUUGUAGACGGCCAACUUCUUUUGCUGGGCUUCUAUCGCAAGAGAUUCUUUGUAUAUAACGAACAAAAGAACUUUGAGAUGAUGUCUGUUGCUUGCGGAGGUGCUCACCGUCGAUGGCAAUUCAUUACACGCGACGCAAAGUUGAAUACUGCAACAUUUGCUUUUAUUCGAAAAGAGGUGCUAUAUUCUUACUUUAGAGACGGAUCGAGUAUUAGUGGUGGAUUUAAUGAAAGCAUUCUGUUGGACAAUUACCACGGGAGAGAUGUGCGUGCUAUUCGAUACAUGAAGCUGUUUCCCGAUAGUCCUGCACCAGAACCUCUGUUGUUUGCUACAGGUGGUGAAGAUACGAUUCUCAGACUUCAACAAUAUAUGCCAUCAUCCGAUUCAAAGUUCGUUACACUUGCUACCAUCCGAAAACAUACUUCUGCUAUCAAGAGUAUAGAGUGGAGUAAAGGCAUUUCCACACUUCUUUUCACCAGUGGUGCUCACGAAGAACUUCGAUGCUGGAAGAUCGAGGCAAAACAAGCUACUCCACCCAAUAGUAUGAUUCCAUUGAGUGUACAUUGUCUUGAUGAGACAAGUGAAACCAGAAUUAUGGACAUUACUGUUGUUCUUGUAGAUGCCGCACGCGGACUUCAUUUGGUUGGUGCUGUCUAUUCUGACUCUAUGAUCAGAAUCUGGCUAUUUAAUGAGACGACUCGCAAGUUCUCACUUGUUGUAGAUGGUACUUGGCAUGCCAAGUGUAUUCUUCAGAUUGAACAUAUAAUUAUUCCAGACGAACAAGGGCGUGAUCGCCUAUUGUUCUUUACUUCUGCAACAGAUGGAAGAGUUGCAUGUUGGGAUAUAAGCGAGUCUCUUUAUGAUGCUCUUAAUCAUGUUGAUCUGGAAGUGGAUCCUACAAAACCUGCUGUCAAAUUGACUGAACCUGUAUUUUAUUACAGUGCUCACAUGUCAGGUGUGAAUGCUCUUCAAGUUACGACCUACAAAGAUUCCAAGCAUCUGUUGUUCAUUACUGGUGGUGAAGACAAUGCUGUAGCUGCUGCUGUAGUAAAUACAUGUCCAUUUGAGGCUGUUGGAAAACCUUUUAUUAUUCCAAAUGGACAUGCUUCUUCUGUCACAGGUGUAAAUAUUAUUGGAAAGACGGUGUUUACUGUUUCUACUGAUCAAAGAUUGAAUCGAUGGGAGAUAGCGGACCAUGGCAAGGAUGGAGCAUCUCUUGAUAUGGCAGAUGCCAUUUAUGUGGAUGUUCCUGACCCUUCUGCCAUGGAUUUGGUACAAUACAAUGGCCAAAUCCAUAUUGCUGUGACCGGCAUAGGAUUAGAAAGUGUCAAGACUACUCUUUAG